CUCGAGGGAGGCUGGAAGGAAAUGCUCAGAAGCUGGAUUUUACCUCUGGCCUCCUGGACCCAGUUCCGAACCCAUACCCCGCUUUGGGCAGUGCCCGCCAGAUCCAGCCAGCCCCUCGCAUUCGCCCCAGUGGAAAGGACUUUCUGGAGAAGGGACAGAAGGGGACGCUCAGUCUCUUACUGCAGCUUGAAGGGAUCUCCCUUGAUGGGGGGUUGCCAUUCAAGAGUAAGUACAGCUGAGACCACGAGAAGGAAAAUGUGAGGCGAAUAAAGGAGAUUCAGAAGAAGUGCAAAGAGAAGGAGCGAGCCCAAGAGCACAGCCAGCCCAAGCCUGUGAAAGCUCUGUGGAAAUCCCAGAAAUAUGAAAACGUGGAGUCAAAGGUGAAGGCCAAACUGCAGGAGAGCUCCCCACCUCCAAAUCCAGAGGCUCUGAAAUUCCUGAGGGCAUAUUCUCGCUGUGGCCCUGGGAUCAAGCCAUGCAGACCGCUCUCCCCAAGGCCUGCCAGAACGAAAGCAGGGGCAGACACAGAGGAUCCGGAGGCACUGGGUGCUGGAACCAAGAUCCAGGUGGAGGGCAAGAGCAUCGAUUUCAUUAAGCAUAACGCCCGCAACGCCAAGCGGGCCCCGCUGCGGCGCUCCCAGUCCCUGCAGGCGCUGGCCGAGCUGCUGGAACAGAAGCACCGGGAGCAGGAGGAGUACAACACCAAGCAAAAGGGCCACGUUCCCCAGUACCUGCUGGAGAGGAAGGAGCUGUGGCGCAGACAGAUGGAGGAGCGGCUGCGAAACCUGCCAGAUCCUGACACGCCACCUGGUCAUACCAUGAUGCCGGAGGGCCAGCGGCUGGAGACCCUCAGCAAUCUGAAGCAGAGCCAGGAGCAGCUGAUAAAGGACCUGGUGAUGCUGCCAAUGCGCGCAGACAACCUCAGCAUGCAGAAGAGGCGGGUAGAGCUGGAGAGGAAGCUCUCCCAGAUAGAAGAGGCCAUCAAAAUUUUCUCGAGGCCCAAGGUCUUCAUCAAGCUGGACUCCUGA